CAUCUCACCCCUCUUGAGCACCACUACACCGCACAUUUGAUAAGUCGCCUCGAAUUUUGAACACGUUACGAGACUACUACACCUUGUGCCACUCAUGCUCAUUUCAAUAAUCAUCCAACGACAUCUCACAAGGCAACUUUCAAAGCUGUGAAGAAUGAGUGUUUGGGAAGAGCAGAUUAAGGCCCACUGGAGCGAAAGGCCCUGUGGCGGCUGCGGCUGCGUCUACCCCGAAACAUGCAUCUACAUUAGAGACCACCGAUGCGCCUAUCGUGAGGGAACGCUGACCCUCGCCGCGAACAUCAAGGUGGCGAUAGCCGAAAGAGAAACUGUCUACUUAAGGGUACAGGCUAGAAAGCAGGACGCAAGCCGCCUGCGCGAAUCGCUGGCCCGCGAGGACGCCUACAUUGGAUCUCUCGAAGCCGCACUCGAGGAAGCGCGGAAUCGCCGCGUGAAAGUACGUGAAGAAUAUGCUGCACGCGUGAGCGACUUCGAGAAGGACCUCGGUAACGCAGCGAGCGCGAUGAAAAAGUGUGCUCAUUUACUCGAGGAAUGGAACAAGGUCCUGAUGACGAGGGGCCUCCACCACUCCAGACAGGUUACCAACAGUGUCCUGGAGGAUUACGACCAGCCUCAAGAAAACAAGGAAAAUUUAGGACCUCGGCGACAGGUUUGCAGUGUUCCGCCCACCAACCUCGCAAGCGAAGAUAAUCGGCCAAGAGGGAAUGGAUGGGCUCACAUGGUGAGAGAAAGGACGACGAAGGAUCACUUUGUCGCGAGCUGGGUCUCUGCCACCCUAGACGCGCAGUCUGAACUUGAUCGAGGAGUUGAUGACAACGGUAGUGGUCAGACAUUGUCCCUGGCAAGAAGACCACGGAGAGAAAAGACGCGCGGUCAACGGCAUCGCUACAGGCCAUAUGAUUCUCGGAGUUGAGAUUUGCUCUGGAGUAGCUGAGCUUCUCGUGGGUUUUGGCACAUAUACACCUAAUACUACCUAGCCUAAUAGUUGGAUUAUGUUUAUCAAGUUGACUGUAAUAUCAACUCGCCGAAUGCAAGGCUGAUCAAUCGUGC